AGGUUCAGAGCCAUUUUCCUCAGGAUGACCUACACCCCAUCACUGUGUUGGAGAUUGGCUUCUGAGCUAGGCUUGUGCUGAGGACCAGAGUCCAGCAUGUUGCGAGGUCAACAUGAUAACACCCAACCAGUGUCCAAUAGGCGGAGUGAAGCAGGGGCCAUAAACUGCACAGAUAAGGACAGGAUGCGCUGUUGGAACAUAGACACCACCACACUUGGAAUUUCAUUUUCAAAGAACACACCUGCUCGAGCUCAUGCCUUCAUGGAUUUCUUCGAUGGGAUAUUUGUUGUGCUGAGAAUCGAAUGACUUUGGGGACGAAGCGACACACUUUUUUGAAGGUCAAGCAGACCCAUCCUGUCCAGCCAUGGCCAAUGUAGAUUUGCGUUCAAUCACCCAGCCUGUGGGCAUCAUGCGGAUAAUGGCGACCAUCCUCACCUGUAUGUGUUUUAGCCUGGUGGCAGCGGUCGGACAUGUCCUGUCUCCCACAUCUUCCUACUGGGCGUGGUGCAUGUUUACCUGGUGCUUCUGCUUCGUCUUCUCCUUCCUCAUUCUCAUCCUGGAGUUCACAACGGUCAACACCAAACUGCCUUUCGGCUGGGACGAUUUCACUGCCGCCUUCGCUAUACUGGCGAGCCUCAUGUGCCUCACCACCUCCAUCAUCUAUCCCACCUUUUUUGCCAAAAAUGGUGGCCCUCGCCAGAUCGGGGCCUCUGUGGUGUCCUGGGUGUGUUUCGGCGUGUAUGUGGGCGAGGUGGUCUUGACACGCCUUCGUCCAAGCGGGGAGACCAUUGGGUUCCUCUCCACGUUGCCGGGCAUAAUGAAGAUGCUGGAGACUUUACUCGCCUGUCUCAUCUUCACGUCCCUUGAGGGAGCGCAGUUUGUUUCCCACGAAAUAAAGUGGUGCGUGUCUGUGUACGCCUUGUGCUUCAUCUUUAACGUCGUCAUCAUCCUGCUCACACUCGGACGGCUGGCAUCUUCUUUCCCAUUCCCCUUUGACAAGCUAGUGAUCGGCUAUAACAUUUUGGCAACAGUGAUGUACAUGACGGCUAUGGUGAUGUGGCCACUUUAUAGUUUCAGACUCAACAUAUGUGAACCUGGCUGUGACAGGGACAAACUGAUAGUGGUCACCUUCAUGACGAUCAUAAACUCUAUUGUUUACAUCCUGGACACUGCCAACUCCAUACGCCUUGUGUUCUGCGGCGGCAACCACUGACAUGGCCGCUCAUCACAACUGAGAACGAAAUGUGUCCUCAGCUUGGAUCAGUGCAAACAGAAAUGACCUGGAUAUUGCGCCGGAGCCAUCCAUUAUGUGAACUUUGAGACUGUUCUCAAAGAGAAAUUAAUUGUUGCUUUGUUGUUUUAGAUACAUGUACAUAUUCUGCUAACGCUGUGCAUCAAGUGCUCAAAGGUGACUGACAACAAUAAUGAAAUGUUGGAUGCCCAGUGUAGUAUCGAGAAAGAUGUAGAAUAAGUUAAUGAUUACAAGUGCAGUAUCACUGUCGUAAAGAAUGAAAACAUUGCAUGGUAGAACUUUGGAUCCUGAUAGACAAAGAUUGAUCAAACAGUGCAGGUAAUAAUACUUACACUGUGCCAUAGUCAAAUGUGCUGCAUGGGAAUGUAUGUGUGUUUUCACGUUCAUGCUUGUGCUUCAGUUUGUUGAUUAAAGGAAUAGUUGGAUUUGAA